CGACAUAAAGUGUCACUAUCGGUUAUACUGUGCAAGAGGUUCAGGUAAAACGAACAGACUUCAUGAUCAAAACUAAACAUUUCGGGACACUGUCCGCGAGUAUGUGUUAUCGGUCGUGUUUUUGACCUGUGUCGGUUCCUUGCCGGACCAAUUGAAAAGAAAAGAAGAGAGUUAAUCACGUUAGAUUCCAUUCGAGAGAUUGUUUGUGUCACAUGUUUAUAUCGAAGAAGAUUAGGAGCUCGUUUGUAUGACUCCGCGAUUUUUUCCUUUUAUCGCGAAGAUAAGAUAGCUGAGUUCUUUCAAAAGGACGAUGCGAAACGAGUCUUUGCGAUACUGAUAGAUAACGUGUCACAGUCGCAGAUCUCUGGAAAAUAUCUGUUCUUAUUUAGGAUUCUUAUAUAGGAUCCUUAUUGUUUUCUACCGUGAGACAGAUGUGUCGAUAGAGUGUUGUGUUUGAAAGAUUUGUUUGCAAGAAUGGUAAAGAGGAACGGGCUUUGGAAGCUGACACAGCUUCGAGCGUUGAUGAAAAAUGUUUAUACUGGUGGCAGGGAGAAAGGUAUCCAGGCUUUGAUUGUCAAUGGGGAGGAUGCGCAUCAGUCAGAAUAUUCUAGUGAACGGGAUCAGAGGCGACGUUUUAUCAGCGGUUUCCGUGGUUCCUAUGGUACAGUAGUUGUUUUGCCCGAUGCGGCAUUGCUGUGGACAGAUGGAAGAUAUUACCAACAAGCUUUGUCAGAGAUGGACCCGUCUGAGGCCUGGACUCUGAUGAGGGAAGGUCUAUUGGAUACACCUACCAUUGCUGUGUGGCUAGCUUCAAAUUUACCUCCGAAAUCUGUAGUCGGAGCAGAUGCCAAUUUAAUAAGUUAUACUGAAUGGGCGCGACUGCACACGACUCUGACUGCUGCUGGUCAUUCCUUGAUUUCUCUUUCUGAGAACUUAGUAGACAAAGUAUGGGGUGAUGAACAGCCAGCGCGUACAGCCAAUAAGGUGGUCCCACAACCAUUACAAUACUCAGGCCAGAGUACAGGGGACAAAGUAAAAUUAUGUCGCAAAGCAAUGCAAGAAAAUGAUGCGACGGUACUUGUAGUAACCGCAUUGGAUGAGAUUGCAUAUCUGCUAAAUUGGAGAGGGUCCGAUAUACCUUUCAAUCCUGUCUUCUUCGCUUAUGUUAUUCUCACCACGAAAGACUUACAUGUCUUUAUAGAUAAAAGUAGAGUCAGCCAGGAGGCUUUGGAACAACUGAAAAAUGAGGGUGUUCCUCCUAUCAUUCAUGAGUAUGAAGAUAUACAUGCUUAUAUGAAGGAAUUUGUGAGUUCGUUGUCGGAUCAGGAUAAAAUCUGGAUCAGUAAUAAAUCCAGUUAUGCAUUACAUGCCAAUUGCGGCGAUAUCAAGAAACAUACGGAUAUCACACCUAUUAGCAUCAUGAAAUCAAUAAAAAAUGCUGUCGAAGUAGAAGGUAUGAAGUCCUCGCACGCAAGAGAUUCUGUCGCUCUUGUGAAAUACUUCGCUUGGCUAGAAGAUAAGAUCAAAAAUACGAACGAGCGCAUUACGGAAAUCUCGGGUGCGACGCGGCUGGAACAAUUUAGACAGGAACAAGAUCAUUUUGUUGGAUUAAGUUUUACCACUAUAUCAUCUGUUGGUCCUCACGGAGCAGUUAUUCAUUAUGCACCUUCGCCAGAGACUGAUGUACCUAUUACAGAUAAAGAACUUUAUCUCUGUGAUUCUGGUGCACAGUAUAAGGACGGUACGACAGAUGUGACGAGAACAUUUCAUUUUGGAGAACCCACGAAUUUCGAGCGUGAAUGUUUCACCAGAGUCUUCAAAGGGCAAUGCCGACUUUCGACAACAAUAUUUCCCUUCAAGACGAAAGGAAAUUACCUCGACACGUUGGCACGCGAAAGUUUGUGGAGUAUUGGUCUUGAUUAUCUUCAUGGUACUGGUCAUGGAGUUGGAGCUUAUCUUAAUGUCCAUGAAGAACCUAUUGGUAUCUCUUGGAAACCACAUCCGGAUGAUCCGGGUUUACAACCGGGAAUGUUCUUGUCGAACGAACCAGGAUAUUACGAGGACGGAAAGUUUGGUAUUAGAUUGGAAAACGUUGAGUUGGUUGUUCCUGCGAAGACGCCUCACAAUUUCAAAAAUCGAGGUUACCUGACUUUUGAAACUAUGACGCUUGUACCUAUUCAAACAAGUCUGCUUAACAUAUCGAUGCUCACAGAUCAUGAGAUUGAAUAUUUGAAUAAUUAUCAUGCGAAAUGUUUGAAAGUUUUAAAACCUUUCUUACAAGGACCGGAAAACGCUCAGGCACUUAAGUGGCUCGAGAAACAAACUCUUCCUAUUUCUCGUUAAAGAUUUUAUAACAUUGACUUAACACGUUGAGCUGAAUAAAAAAAAUGUUUUGAAAAUAUUAAGUCUGAUCUAAACAGCGAGACAGAAAUAUUCGAAUUUUGAUUAAUAUAUAAAAUUCAUAUAAUUUUGUGUAUAUAGAUGAUUCUGUACAGAAUCAUAACAGAUGUAUUAAGCAAUCUGUCUUAAGAUGAGUGUACAUGAGUGAAUAUGAGUAGCAAAAACAAAAAAUAAUUUUUUUAUGUAAUAUUUUAUAUGAAUCGAAUCUUAACAAACGUUCCGUUUGCAUUUACUAUAUCUUCUUCUCUGAAAUAUUUUCUGAUAUUUAACAAGAUUUGCGUACACUUUUUAUUGUUCACUCAGCGUAUACUUAUCAUCUUUCAAAAGAAAUGUUCUACCACAUGUUGGUCAAACGAUGUUCAAUGUGUCAAGUGAAUCAGAUGUUAUACAAUUUAUUCAUAUCUUUAUAAUGCAAAAACAUGUUAUUUUAAUAAUGAAUGAAGAUUCAAAAUGAUAUUAUGAAUCGAUUGUGUCAUACGAUUUUAUCACGAUAGUUACUAAAAUUACAAGAUAUAUAUAUUUUUUAUAUCCAUUUAUUCUGUCGUUAUGCGUGUAUCAAAACUGAUAUAUGAUAAGAACAAAAAUAAUCUACUUUUUGAAUUAUUCUUAUGAGAACGGUAUUCAAAAAUUAUUAAUUUCAUAAUUUGCAUGCAGUUUAAAAUAUCGCUAACAUUAACGUAUCGAGAUAUUCGCGCAUCAUGAUUCGAAAUUAUAUCCGAUAAUUUAACAUUUUGUUGAUAAAUGUGAAAACAUUAUACAGGCAUUAAACAUAAGAUUUUUAAAAAAUGUCAUAUCAAUAUUAAAUUCAUCAAUGAAAAUACAGAAUUAGUUUAACUGAUGAUAACUAUAAAUAAAUAAUCACGUCCAAAAA